AGGAGGAGAAGACGAAGAAGAAGAGGCGAAGAAGAAGAAGAAGAGGCUCACGGGAUACUACCCAUACGCACAGCAAACGCAGUCGGUGUUAUCUUGGUAGCAGUCGUACGUUUGCGACUGUAUUUUGAAGAGAUGGCGGAUGUAACGGCAAGAAGUUUGCAGUACGAAUACAAAGCGAAUUCCAACUUGGUCUUGCAAGCAGACCGAUCUCUGAUUGAUCGAACACGACGUGAUGAACCCACAGGAGAAGUGCUGUCGCUGGUUGGGAAACUGGAGGGUACCAAAAUGGGGGACAAGUCUCAGAGGACCAAGCCUCAAAUGUUGGAAGAGAGAAGAGCAAAGAGACGAAAAAGAGAUGAGGACCGACAUGAUAUCAACAAGAUGAAGGGAUUUACGCUGUUGUCGGAGGGCAUCGAUGAAAUGGUGGGCAUCGUAUACAAGCCUAAGACCAAGGAGACCAGGGAGACUUAUGAAGUUCUUCUUAGCUUCAUCCAGGCAGCCCUUGGGGAUCAGCCAAGGGACAUUCUGUGUGGAGCAGCAGAUGAGGUUUUGGCAGUGCUGAAGAACGACAAGAUGCGAGACAAGGAGCGCCGGCGUGAGGUGGAACAGCUGCUGGGCCCAGCAGAUGAUACACGUUAUCAUGUACUUGUCAAUCUGGGAAAGAAGAUCACAGACUAUGGGGGGGAUAAAGAACUUCAGAACAUGGAUGACAACAUUGAUGAAACGUACGGUGUGAAUGUGCAGUUUGAAUCUGAUGAGGAGGAAGGUGAUGAGGACCAGUUUGGGGAGGUUCGUGAUGAGGGAUCGGAUGAGGACAGUGAAGGAGUGGAGGCAGAUGUGGGCUGCACCCUCACAGCGAAUCUUGGUGCUGCCGGUGAUGUGAUGACAACCAAGAAGAAAGACCUACACCCCCGUGAUAUUGAUGCAUUCUGGCUACAGCGGCAGCUCAGCCGUUUCUAUGACGAUGCCAUUGUCUCACAGAAAAAGGCCGAUGAGGUGCUGGAGAUUCUCAAGACUGCCAGUGAUGACAGGGAGUGUGAGAAUCAGCUGGUUCUACUGCUUGGGUUUAACACCUUUGACUUCAUAAAGAUUCUGCGCCAGCAUCGACGCAUGAUCCAGUACUGCACCAUGUUGGCAAGUGCCCAGAGUGAAGCAGAGAAGGAAAGGAUCAUGGGAAAGAUGGAGGCUGAUCAAGAUUUGUCCAAAAUUCUCUACCAGUUGCAGGAGACUGAGAAGGAGGACAUCAUUCGUGAGGAGCGAUCUCGUAGGGAGAGGGUGAGGAAGUCUCGUUUGGACAAUGACCUGGAGGCCAUGGACCUAGAUCAUGAAGAGUCUCUGGCUCCUCGGCAGUUGCUGGAUUUAGAAGACCUAGCGUUCACUCAAGGCAGCCACUUUAUGGCCAAUAAGCGCUGCCAGUUGCCAGAUGGCUCCUUCCGCAAACAACGCAAGGGCUAUGAGGAGGUUCAUGUUCCUGCUCUGAAACCAAAACCAUUUGCAGAGGAUGAGGUGCUGGUAGCAAUUGAGAAGCUUCCGAAAUAUGCGCAAGCAGCAUUUGAGGGAUUCAAAACUCUCAAUCGCAUUCAGAGCAAACUAUUCAAAACUGCCAUGGAGACAGACGAGAACCUUCUGGUGUGCGCUCCCACAGGGGCAGGAAAGACCAAUGUUGCACUGAUGGCUAUGUUGCGGGAAAUUGGGAAGCACAUCAAUAUGGAUGGCACCAUAAAUGUGGAUGACUUCAAGAUUAUCUAUAUAGCACCCAUGCGCUCACUUGUGCAAGAGAUGGUGGGCAGUUUCAGCAAGCGCCUGGCUAGUUAUGGGAUCACUGUGGAAGAGCUGACAGGAGAUCACCAGUUGUGUAAAGAGGAGAUUAAUGCCACCCAAGUCAUUGUUUGCACACCUGAAAAGUGGGAUAUCAUUACACGCAAAGGUGGGGAGCGUACCUACACCCAGUUGGUCCGUCUCAUCAUCAUUGAUGAGAUUCACCUUCUGCACGAUGACCGAGGGCCUGUUCUUGAGUCUUUAGUGGCCCGAACAAUCCGUAAUGUGGAGCUCACCCAGGAGGAUGUGCGCUUACUGGGCCUGAGCGCCACUCUGCCCAAUUACGAGGAUGUGGCAGCCUGCCUACGAGUGGAUCCUGCUUGUGGCCUAUUCUACUUUGAUAACAGUUUUCGCCCUGUACCCCUGGAACAGACUUAUGUUGGUAUCACUGAAAAGAAGGCCAUCAAGCGCUUCCAAAUUAUGAAUGAAAUUGUUUACGAGAAGAUCAUGGAGCAUGCUGGCAAGAACCAGGUUCUGGUGUUUGUACACUCCAGAAAGGAGACAGGAAAGACUGCGCGAGCUAUUCGUGACAUGUGUCUGGAAAAGGACACACUGGGGCUCUUCCUCCGGGAGGGGUCAGCCUCCACGGAAGUCCUCAGGACUGAGGCAGAACAGUGCAAGAACCUUGAGCUGAAAGAUCUGCUGCCUUACGGUUUUGCCAUCCAUCAUGCUGGAAUGACACGAGUGGACCGGACCUUGGUUGAGGACCUUUUUGCUGACCGUCACAUCCAGGUGUUGGUGUCCACAGCCACAUUGGCCUGGGGUGUGAACCUUCCAGCGCACACAGUUAUCAUUAAGGGCACGCAAGUUUAUAGUCCAGAGAAGGGUCGGUGGACAGAGCUAGGAGCUCUGGACAUUUUACAGAUGCUUGGGAGAGCAGGGCGCCCUCAAUAUGACACCAAGGGUGAAGGCAUUUUGAUUACAUCUCACGGGGAGCUCCAGUACUACCUGUCCUUGCUAAAUCAGCAGCUUCCUAUUGAAAGCCAGAUGGUUGGGAAGCUGCCCGACAUGCUCAAUGCCGAGAUUGUGCUUGGUAAUGUGCAGAAUGUCCAGGAUGCAGUGAACUGGCUCGGUUACAGUUACCUAUAUGUGCGCAUGCUUCGUAACCCCACCCUGUACAGUGUUUCCCUUGAUGACCGCAGUUCCGACCCUUUGCUGGAGAGACGCAGGCUGGACCUAGUACACACAGCUGCCAGUAUACUGGACAAGAAUAGCCUCAUUAAGUACGACAAAAGAACUGGCAGCUUCCAGGUGACAGACCUUGGAAGGAUUGCCAGUCACUUCUACAUCACACAUGACUCUGUUCAGACCUACAACCAGCUGCUGAAGCCCACACUUAGUGAAAUCGAGCUGUUCCGCGUCUUCUCCCUCUCUUCAGAAUUCAGGAAUAUCACUGUUCGUGAGGAAGAGAAGCUGGAGCUGCAGAAGUUGCUGGAGAGAGUUCCAAUACCUGUGAAGGAAAGCAUUGAGGAACCUAGUGCCAAGAUUAAUGUAUUACUUCAGGCCUACAUCUCUCAACUGAAGCUGGAAGGAUUUGCACUGAUGGCUGACAUGGUCUAUGUCACCCAGAGUGCCGGCCGUCUGAUGCGGGCAAUAUUUGAGAUUGUGCUGAGCAGAGGCUGGGCCCAACUGACUGACAAGACUAUGAACCUCUGCAAGAUGAUUGACAAGAGAAUGUGGCAGUCCAUGUCUCCCCUCCGUCAGUUUCGGAAGCUUCCGGAAGAAGUCAUCAAGAAAAUUGAGAAGAAGAACUUUCCAUUUGAGCGUCUCUAUGACCUUAAUCACAAUGAAAUUGGUGAAUUGAUCCGCAUGCCAAAGAUGGGGAAGACCAUCCACAAGUAUGUGCACCAGUUCCCGAAAUUGGACCUGGCAGUUCAUCUGCAGCCCAUUACCCGUUCCACGCUCAAAGUAGAACUCACGAUCACACCAGAUUUCCAAUGGGAUGACAAGGUUCACGGCUCCUCUGAGGCCUUCUGGAUCUUGGUCGAAGACGUAGACAGUGAAGUCAUACUCCACCAUGAGUAUUUUCUUCUGAAGGCAAAAUAUGCCCAGGAUGAGCACCUAGUCACCUUUUUCGUCCCUGUGUUUGAGCCACUGCCUCCCCAGUACUUCAUCCGUGUGGCAUCUGAUCGCUGGCUGUCCUGUGAGACCCAGCUGCCUGUGUCGUUCCGUCACCUAAAUCCUGCAGAAAAGUACCCACCGCCCACAGAGCUGCUAGACCUGCAGCCCUUGCCAGUCUCAGCCCUCAGAAACUCUGCCUUUGAAAGCCUGUACCAAGAAAAGUUCCCCUUCUUCAAUCCAAUCCAGACACAGGUGUUCAACGCUGUAUACAACAGCGAUGACAAUGUCUUUGUCGGUGCCCCUACGGGCAGUGGGAAGACCAUCUGUGCCGAGUUCUCCAUUCUUAGGAUGCUUCUGCACAAUGCUGAGGGCCGCUGUGUCUACAUCACCCCCAUGGAGGCUUUGGCUGAACAGGUGUUUGUGGACUGGCAUGAGAAGUUUCAGGAUGCUCUGAAUAAGAAGGUUGUCUUGCUGACGGGAGAGACCAGCACUGACCUGAAGCUACUGGGAAAGGGUGAUAUUAUUGUUAGCACCCCUGACAAGUGGGACAUCCUGUCUCGGCGCUGGAAACAGAGGAAGAAUGUUCAAAAUGUUAGCCUCUUCAUUGUGGACGAGACACACCUUAUAGGGGGCGAGAAUGGGCCUGUGCUGGAAGUGAUCUGCUCAAGGAUGAGGUACAUCUCUUCACAGAUAGAGCGGCCCAUUCGCAUAGUAGCACUAAGCUCCUCUCUCUCCAAUGCCAAGGACGUUGCUCACUGGUUGGGCUGCAGCACCACUGCAACUUUCAACUUCCACCCUAAUGUGCGGCCUGUGCCCCUGGAGAUGCAUAUCCAGGGCUUCAAUGUGAGUCACACUCAAACUCGGCUGCUGUCAAUGGCCAAGCCCGUGUACCAUGCCAUCAUGAAGCAUUCUCCAUCUAAACCUGUGGUGGUGUUUGUGCCAUCUCGCCGACAGACACGUCUCACUGCCAUUGAUAUCCUGACUUUCUGUGCUGCAGAUGUUGUUCCUCAGAGGUUCCUGCACUGCACUGAGAAAGACCUGGCUCCCUUCCUGGAGAAAGUGACAGACACCACCUUGAGAGAGACUCUGGCUAAUGGGGUUGCAUACCUGCAUGAGGGUCUGUCUGCCACUGAAAGAAGAAUUGUGGAACAGCUUUUCAACUCUGGUGCUGUACAAGUGGUGGUGGCAUCACGGUCACUCUGCUGGGGUACCAAUAUUUCUGCACAUCUGGUGGUUGUCAUGGAUACACAAUACUACAAUGGCAAGAUCCAUGCCUACGUGGAUUACCCCAUUUACGAUGUACUACAGAUGGUUGGCAAGGCCAACCGCCCCCUGCUGGAUGACGAAGGACGUUGUGUCAUCAUGUGCCAGGGCUCCAAGAAGGAUUUCUUUAAGAAGUUCCUAUAUGAGCCCCUGCCUGUGGAGUCUCAUCUGGACCACUGCUUGCAUGACCACUUCAAUGCUGAAAUUGUCACCAAGACUGUGGAGAAUAAGCAAGAUGCAGUAGACUACCUUACCUGGACCUUCCUGUACCGCCGCAUGACCCAAAACCCUAACUACUACAAUCUACAAGGUAUGUCUCACCGGCAUCUGUCUGACCAUCUGUCAGAGCUGGUGGAGAACACACUACAUGAUCUUGAGCAGUCAAAAUGCAUCAGCAUUGAAGACGAGAUGGAUGUAGCACCACUUAACCUGGGCAUGAUUGCUGCAUACUAUUAUAUCAACUACACCACCAUCGAGUUGUUCAGUAUGUCCUUGAAUGCCAAGACUAAGAUCCGCGGGUUGAUCGAGAUAAUCUCCAAUGCUGCUGAGUACAAGAACAUUCCCAUCAGGCACCAUGAGGACACACUGCUCCAUCAGUUGGCCCAAAAAGUGCUGCACAAACUCAACAAUCCCAAAUUCAAUGACCCACAUGUGAAGACAAACCUGUUAUUACAGGCCCAUUUAUCACGAAUGCAGCUGAGUGCUGAGCUGCAGUCUGACACAGAGGAAAUAUUGAGCAAGGCUGUUCGUCUGAUCCAGGCAUGUGUGGAUGUGCUGUCCAGCAAUGGCUGGUUAAGCCCUGCACUAGCAGCCAUGGAGCUGGCGCAGAUGGUCACUCAGGCAAUGUGGUCCAAGGAUUCCUACCUCAAGCAACUGCCCCAUUUUACCUCUGAGCAUAUCAAACGUUGUACUGACAAGGGAGUGGAGAGCAUUUUUGACAUCAUGGAAAUGGAGGAUGUGGAGCGCACUGGGCUCCUUCAGCUCACUGAUGCACAGAUGGCUGAUGUAGCACGAUUCUGCAACCGUUACCCCAAUAUUGAGUUGUCCUAUGAGGUGGCUGAGAAGGAAAGCAUUAAGAGUGGUGGACCAGUUCUGGUACUGGUGCAGCUGGAGAGAGAAGAGGAGGUAACAGGACCUGUCAUUGCUCCUCUGUUUCCACAGAAACGUGAGGAAGGCUGGUGGGUGGUGAUUGGAGACCCCAAAUCCAAUAGCCUGAUUUCCAUUAAGAGAUUGACACUGCAGCAGAAAGCAAAGGUUAAGUUGGACUUUGUGGCACCAGCACAAGGCAUUCACAAUUACACACUGUACUUCAUGAGUGAUGCAUACAUGGGGUGUGACCAGGAGUACAAGUUCAGCGUGGAUGUGAAGGAAGCUGACAGCGAGGGAGACAGCGACUCCGACUGAGCUGGGAGGAGUCUAAAAUUGGGUGGGGUUGGGGUCUCCUAAAAACCUUGAACUUUAAGGUGGGGGUCACUUUUCACUCUUACUCAUCCUUCAUACCAAUCAACAUAAUUUUAUGAUGUCUUAUCUGUUCCACUUCUCAAUUUAAGAGACAAAACAAUGUAGAUCUCCUUGCAGUAAAGGUUGCAAUCUGCGCUUUAUCCAUUUUUUGUAAGAAUAUUGGCUUUAAGCAAAUGUUCCUGUGAUUUUCUCACAAUUGUAUUUCAAGCUCUGCAGUACAGUUCCGGCAGGUAAAGUAAAUUCUGGAUAAAACUGCUGGACUCUUAAUGUGAUUGACAAAAAAAUUAAGUUAACCAGCUGUUUUUUUGUAAUUUGUUUUUCUCUAGAUAACCUUGUCAUGGCUUUUGUGUAGACUUCAUUAGGUGGGAAUAUUUUUCAACAAUAUUGUCUUUGUGUUUUCAAGGUAUAAUUGGUAAUGUUUUGCUUAAGAAAUUUGAAAUUUUGUUUUUAGAAACAUUAAUUUUGAAGUAGAUGGUAAAAUUGCUCUGUUAAUGUCAGCUUUAAUAAAGAUUUGAAAUGCA